GGCCAAAUCCUUAUAAAGAAAAACUUUCAGCAUACAAUCGGGAGAUCUUCCCACAAAGGCGAUCAACGCAGGGCCAAGUGCGAAGCCAUGGCAGAGGAUUUGGUGUUGGAUACAGCGAUCAGAAAUUGGGUGUUGGUGCCUCUGUCUGUGGUUAUGGUUUUGAUCGGCAUCCUACGUUACUUCGUAUCAAGACUUAUGAAAUCUUCCCAGCUUCCCGAUGUCAAAGUCGUUAAAGAAGGACAGUUAAUUUUAAGAGUCAGGAGUUUGAGGGCCGCGGCGCCUUUGAUCCCCGGCAGGUCCUUUCGCGCACGCAGGACAUACUACAGUAACGAGGAAAAUGGACUUUUACAUGUCCCAAAAGGUCAGGGGCAAAAUAUGCAAGCACAGAUGAUUUCUGAUCCAAACUUUGCGAUGGAUAUGAUGAAAAAAAACCUGUCAAUGAUAAUACCUCAGACAUUGACCUUUGCUUGGGUUAACUUCUUUUUCUCUGGCUUCGUAGCAGCAAAGAUACCUUUUCCAUUGACUCAGCGUUUUCGGUCCAUGUUACAAAAUGGAAUUGAUUUGAGUACAGUGGAUGUCAGCUAUGUGAGCAGUCGUUCAUGGUACUUCUUAAACCUCUUUGGUCUCAGGGGGCUGUUUAGCUUGAUCCUAGGAGAAGAAAAUGCCCUAGAUGAUACUCAGCGAAUGAUGCAAAUGGGUGGUGGAGGAUUUGGGGUUGAUCCAUCUAAGACUCUUGGUGCAGAGAAAGAUGGUCUAGAUAUAAUUCAACAUGAGUGGGCUCUGCCCAGGAUAGAGCAGAGAGCGGAAGCAAUUUUAAGAAACCUUGCAAGCUAGUUGACUAUGUAUAAUUCUAGUCUAUUUUGCUAUUGACGUUUCCAUUUGUUAUGUUAAACAUUUUGUUUGAGUUGAGGUAUAUUUACCUUACAAUGUUAGUUUAAAUUGUUUUUGCUUGAAUUCUGUAAAUUAUUCUAAUUUACUACCAUGAAAAAUGAGGCAAGGAUCAUGUAACUGGAAUAGACAAAGUUUUUGUUAAGAUUUUUGGUCCAAUUCAUGACAUUUUGACAGUGCCAAAAAAUAUCUGUAGAAGGCUAAAGUGCAUCAACUUUGAUAAACCCUACAGAUUUUAGGGGUCCCUUUAAGUAAGGUUGUGGGCUACUAUAAGAAAUACUAAGUUAUUAUA